AUGGACGACGCCCUUGUGCUGAAAAAACGCGGCUACACGUUGGGAAUCAGUCUGGGAGAGGGGUCUUACGCCAAAGUCAAAUCUGCGUACUCUGACCGCCUGAAAAGCAACGUCGCUGUGAAAAUCAUCAACAGAAGGAGAUCUCCUGCCGAUUUCUUAGAGAGAUUUCUUCCACGGGAACUGGAGAUCCUCGCCGUCCUGAAUAACCGCUACAUCGUGAAGACUUACGAAAUAUUUGAAACUUCGGACGGGAAGGUGUACAUGAUCAUGGAACUAGGGGUUCAAGGGGACCUGCUCGAGUUCAUUAAGUUUAGGGGUGCUUUGCCUGAAGAAGUCUGCCGCAAGAUGUUUCGACAGCUAUCACUGGCAGUGAAAUACAUCCAUGACUUGGAAAUCGUUCACAGAGACCUGAAGUGCGAGAACUUGCUCCUGGAUAAGGACUUCAACCUCAAAGUCUCGGAUUUCGGCUUUAGCAGGCGCUGUAACUAUGGCGAGGAUGGCCAGCUGGCGCUCAGUAAAACGUUCUGUGGCUCAGCUGCCUAUGCAGCCCCGGAGGUUUUACAAGGCAUCCCAUACAAUGCUAAAGUGUAUGAUAUCUGGAGUAUGGGUGUGGUUUUGUUCAUCAUGCUGUGUGGCUCAAUGCCUUAUGAUGACUCCAACGUCAAGAAAAUGCUUAGAAUCCAAAAGGAACACCGAGUGAAUUUCCCGAAGGGUAAACACGUGCCAGCGGACUGCAAGGAUCUGCUCUACCGCAUGCUUCAACCAGACGUGUCUAAGCGCAUUGGAAUUGAUGAGAUUUUAGAUCACCCUUGGUUACAACUGAAAAAAGACUCUGGAAGUUGCUCAAAAAGUUCCUCGAAAGGUGACACUAAAGGGGAAACUAAAGCAGACAGCCGAAAUGAGAGCAGGCGGGGUCCCAGAGCAGACGCAGAUGAAUUUGAUUCUGAAGCGCUCGAUGAAGGCAAAGCAGAGAAAAAAGGAUUUAAAUCUCAUUAUGCAGAACCCACACCAUCCAGUACCGCAGGCAACCGGAGAAAGUCAUCUCAAAAGGUUAAGGAAACUAUAGAAGAGGAUGAUUGAGCUAUUACUAGCUUCGUAUUUUCUAAUAGCAAAUAAUUACAACGGAACCCUACCGUACAGCUCGUUAUUGUUAGGGUGUUUUUAAAGCAAUUAUUUUGCUAUGGCUUUUUCUCCCAACACUUGGAAAAUAAAGAUCAGACGCUACAGAUCGUCGAUUAAUUCAAAGUGAUUAAGCCAGGGAAAUGAAUUAGUUAUAUAUCUCUGAAUAAAAACGCAAUAAUCAGAUACAACCACGAAAGGUCACAUCAGCUGGUCUUAAAAUAACUACUACAGGCAACGAAGACGCACCUUCAGAGAUAUGGUGGGUACAGCUAUGGCCGCAAGUUUUGCAUCACCCUAUAGAAACAAUUAAUUUUGCUUCAUAAAGCGAAUGAAACCUGGUGAAUAUUGUUUCGUUAACUUACUGAACUGCAUGCCACUUUGUAGUUUUCCAUAUAAAUAAUGAAAAACUGAUAUACAGUAAUUGCAAACUUUCUAAUUGUAACAUGAAAUACUGUACUACUAGUAUGGCUUCCGGUAGACUUUUGAGAUAUAAUUUUGUAGUUUAAUUACGUAAUGUUAAACAAAAUAUCAAAAUUGUGUUCGGAAUUAUAACGCUAAAAUUCUAGGUUUAUGUAAACCUUCUGGCCAAAGCUACAGCGUAAACGUGCUCAUU